GUCUCGAGCUGGGUUAGUUUCGCGGCUGCUCUUGUGCAGCGGGCAGAAGGAUGGUCUCGCGCUCAGCGGCGGGUCAUGUUGUCCGCGAGCCGGGAGCCCUGUCCGCGUGUCACCUUCAGCGGACCGGCUGCAGCACCGACGGCUCGUGGGCCGGAUGUCGGGAUGGGCGUGGAGGCGUGUCCUCACAAGCUGGGCUCGACCAAUCAGCUGCGACUCCUCCUCUACAUCCUGAUCCCCACCGUCAGCCUGCUGGCCGGCCUGCUGCUGCUCGUCCUCGCCCUCACAGGUAUAUUUGGCGGCAGCGUUCUGGACUCCAGUCCCCUCCCCUCCCCGAAGCCCAUCGCCGACAGCGACCCCGGCUACCAUGGCAAUAGCACAAGCUCUACCCCCUCCCUGGAUACGGAAAACGUUACGAACUCUUUCCGAAACUCUAGUGACGAAAACUUAACGACGUACGAGUUCAGCGCUAGCACCACCGCCACCGCCACUACUUCCUCCUCCUCUCAGCCCAAGCCCACUCAGCCCUACACAACGUCUCCUGAUUGGCUGACGUCUGUGACUUCACUCAGCACAGCCUGGCCAAUCAGCAGCACAGCAGCAUCAGACACAGGCGGGUGUCAGCUGAUCGUGGAGCCUCAGUGCACCAUGCUGCCGUACAACCAGACCUGGCUGUCCUCCUCCAUCGCCGUGGUGAAGAGCUCCGAGGUCGACAUGUUGCUACGGUUCUUCAGCUACCUGAGCAGGCUGUCCUGUUACCGACACAUCAUGCUGUUCGGCUGCACGCUGGCGCUGCCCGAGUGCCUCUCCGCCGACGCCACGCACAACAGGCGGGUCGUGCUGCCCUGCUUCUCGUUCUGCGAGGCGGCGAGGGAAGGCUGUGAACCCGUCCUGCAGAUGUUUAACGCCUCCUGGCCCGAAUUCCUGCGCUGCUCGCAGUUCAGCAACACAACCUUCGCUUUACUGCCGCCAUCAUCUUCAUCAUCACCAUCAUCAACUUCCUCAACGCCCACGACAACAGCAGUCCCUGCCACGCCUACCUGUUACACACCGAGGCAGAUCAAAGGGAAACCAUCUGUGUGCGGAGGGAACGACCACUUCCUGUGCGCGACGGGGAUUUGCGUGCCGCAGAAACUGGUGUGUAACGGCUACAACGACUGUGACGACUGGAGCGACGAAACCCACUGCGUUUGUUCAGAGUCUGAGUUUCGCUGUAACACCGGUCGCUGUCUCUCUCCUGAGCGGCUGUGUGACGGAUACGACGACUGUGGAGACCUGAGCGACGAACUCAGCUGUGUGUGUAACCUGUCUGUGGAUCACCGCUGUGGUGACGGCCGCUGUGUGACCAGAGACUGGCUCUGUGACGGAGACCACGACUGUCUGGACAAGAGCGACGAGGUCAACUGCUCCUGUAAGAGUCAGGGUCUGCUGGAGUGCAGGAACGGAGCUUGUAUCCCGUCAGCGUUUCGAUGUGACGGCGAAGAUGACUGUAAAGACGGCAGCGACGAAGAGCACUGCAGCAAAGAGAAUCAGGGUGUGUGUCCUCCCGGUCAGCCCAGCUGUAUUUCCACUUCCUGUCCGUCAGACUGUGGGGGGGGCGCCUCUUGCGACCCUCGGACCAACAACAACAACAAUAACUGCACGCGGUGCGAGCCCAUCUCCCUGGAGCUGUGCAUGAACCUCCCCUACAACCAGACCACUUUCCCCAACUUCCUGGGCCACCUCUCCCAGAGAGAGAGCUCUGUUUCCUGGGAGUCGUCUCUGUUUCCCGCCCUGGUUCAGACCGGCUGCUACCCCUUCCUCAUGUUCUACGCCUGCACGCUGCUGGUGCCAAAGUGUGACCCGGUGACCCUGCAGAGGGUCCCGCCCUGCAGGUCUCUGUGUCGCAGUGCGAAGGAGAAGUGCGAGUCGGUGCUCGGCAUUGUGGGAUUGCAGUGGCCGGAGGACUCGGACUGUUCUCAGUUUCCGGAAGAAGGAGGAAACAGCAGCUGCUUGCUGCCGGAGGACGGAGUGGACGAGUGUUCUCCGAGUCACUUCAAGUGUCGCUCCGGUCGCUGCGUUCUCUCCUCCAAACGCUGCGACGGACACCUGGACUGUGAGGACCACAGCGACGAGGACAACUGUGGCUGCAGAGAGCGCGCUCUGUUUGAGUGUCCUGGCAGCUCGGUGUGUAUCAAACACAGCAUGAUCUGUGACGGGUUCCCAGACUGCCCCCUGCUGCUGGACGAGGCCAACUGCACGGUGUGCCAGGAUAACGAGCUCUCCUGUAAGAACCAUCAGUGUGUUCAUCGCACGCUGUGGUGCGACGGAAAGAGACACUGCUCUGACUCCUCUGACGAGUGGGACUGUGUUUCUCUGUCUGACGGGUCCGGCUCAGUGCUGACGGUGUUCAGGACGGCUGCAGAGUAUCAGGUCUGUGCGGACGAGUGGGACCAGGAGCUCAGCAACCUGACCUGCAGGCAGCUGGGACUAGGACCCCCCUCCUCUGUCUCCAUGGUAAUGGAUCAGCCGGUCCCCGGUCGGCGCCGCUGGCUUCACGUCCAUCCGGACCAGAGAGACGGUGGAACGGCUCUGCAGGGCCGGCUGGAGAAGAGGAGUCAUGCGUGUCAUUCCAGGAGGAGGGUCUCGGUGCUUUGUUCCAGAGAAGAGUGUGGGCGUCGCCCGAACGCCGGCCUACAGAAGAGGAUUAUGGGAGGUGUAGUCUCCCGGCAGAAGAGGAUUCUGGGAGGUCGAGUCUCCCGGCAGGGGGCGUGGCCGUGGCAGUGCUCGCUGCAGAGCGGUCCGAGCGGACACGUCUGCGGCUGCGUUCUGAUUGGACGCCGCUGGGCGCUCACCGUGGCUCACUGCUUCGAGGGGAGGGAGGGGGCUGACCUGUGGAGGGUGGUUCUGGGUCUGAAUAACCUGGAUCACCCCGGGCCGCACAGCCAGAGUCGGGGGGUGAAAUCCAUCAUCGUGCACCCCCGAUACAACCGAGCCGUGGUCGACUACGACAUCAGCGUCGUGCAGCUCGACUCCGAGAUCGAGGAGACGGCGUACGUGCGGCCGGUCUGCCUGCCCGACGUCUCUCAGCUUCCGCUUCCUGAUUCCUACUGUUUCAUCACCGGCUGGGGUCACAUGGGCAAUAGGAUGCCCUUUAAGCUGCAGGAGGGCGAGGUUCGGAUCAUCUCUCUCUCUCAGUGUCAGUCCUACUUCGACAUGAAGACUAUAACUCCCAGGAUGCUUUGCGCCGGAUACGACGCGGGGACUGUCGACUCCUGCAUGGGCGACAGCGGUGGGCCUCUGGUUUGUUCGGACCCCUCCGGCCGCUGGACGCUGUUCGGCCUGACGUCGUGGGGCAGCGUGUGCUUCAGUAAAGUCCUCGGACCCGGAGUCUACAGCAACGUCACACACUUCACCUCCUGGAUCCAGCAGCAGAUCUACACACACACGUACCUGAGCGACUGACACACACACACACACACACACACACCUGUGCCUAUAUCUAUACUGUUAGCCUCACAUGCUAACGGCCGCGUUAACUCCUAUUACUGAUGCUUACUAGUAAGCUAGCAAGUAGACACCACACUCAUGCGAUGAAACGCUCACUAAAACACAUCAUGUCUCUUCAGGGUUUGUGAGGACAAACUGUUUAACAUUUGAUGAAGUUUAUCCACUGCUGCAUCCCUAAUGCUGACAUUUAAAUGAGCUAUUUAGCAUUUAGAUAUCUUACUUUGAUAAUCAUGCAACAUGUGGAUUGUUCAGAACAAGAUCAACAAAAGAUACUAACGUAAAAACACAAAAAGGAAAACGGUAUUAAUCUUCAGGUCUUUCAAAACAAUGUAGUUCAAGAAGUUGCUCAAAUUACAUAAACAUCCAUAAAUCCGCAAAUAUUUCAGUGCGAUAAACUCACGGUAUUUAAACUUCAACAUCUGGAACUCUUUCUCGCUUCGUCUGCUAAAAUUCUGGGGAUUUUUAGUUUAUUCUGAAACAAAAUUUCAAUUGUUUUUAAUGGUUUGAUUCACGUUACUGGAAGUCCUGGUUUAUUCAGAGCUGGAUGCUGCUGGUUUAAUGUCUUGACAAUUAGGGUUGAAAAACCUGUUCGUAUUCAGCAGUGGUGAACACGCUUAUACAUUUAACUCGUCACUAAAUAUUUCUUGUAGUUAGUGGCAGAUUAACUCAGAGACUUCCUGUUGAUUUAAAACAGGAAGAUUUAGUUAUUACAUUAAUGUUCUGUGAGAGUGUGUGUGAGUGUGUGUGUGUGAGUUGUACGUAAACACACUUUAUUUCCAUCGUCCGAUCGUCUGCUUUGAGUGUUUGAAUCUUUAAAUCACGUUCAGAUUUUAAACGCUGAAUGAAAAGCUGCUAUCUUAAAACAGACCAGUUGAAACUCAACUUCCCACAAUGCUUCACUCUAUAGUGCCUGUAGACUUAGCAGUAAAGGACAAAACGUGUUAGCUGUAAGGUGUCGUACUGUUGGUGUGUGUGAAAGACAUUAAUUUGCUCCUACACACACCGGCAACUUAUCGGGCAACUUUCAUCUCUUUCUACUUCAAACAAAUGUAACUUUUUUUUCCUGGAAUUUUUACAUUUAUUCCCAAGUUUUGGGGAAAUCUAUUUGGAUGAUUUUGAACUGUAGAUGUAUUUACUUACAUCUGAUAUUCUUAGUACAUUUAUUUACAUAUUUAACAGUCAGUGGUUACUUUUCUCAAUAUUUUGGGACAUUUUAUAUUAUUUGUGAAAAAUAACUGAAAAAUGUCAGGACAUUUAUUUUAAUGUCUGUCCCAAAAUACCAUACUUACAGUCCAGAUUAAAGGAAACUGGACAUUUAUUCAGAUCAUUCUGGACACUUUUUAUUUUGAGGAUUUUCCCCCAAAUUUCUGAAUAUGCAACAUUUCAUUGUUGCCCAACGCGUUGCUCAAUAAGUUGCCGAUGUUUCCUCCACGCUGACGUCUGUCGGACAUCCAGAACAUUCCACUGUUUGUUUUUGUGGUUUUUUAAGAGUAUUUUUCUACAGCUUUUUUGUAUGUCACGCCGUGUGUGUGUGUGUGUGUGUGUGUGUGUGUGAGAUUGUGUGUGUGUGUGUGAGAUUGUGUGUGAUCUGGAUUUAAAUGAACUGUAGCCUGUUUCUUUGUGUAACACGUGAAAUAUUUCCUUUGUAUCACCUUGUUUUUCCCACCAAUAAAGAAUAUACACACACUGCCA